AUGGCUCCCUCAUUCAUAGAGCAGCCCAUUGGGGGAUGGAGCGCCGCUCCCGUCGCACGUCGUGCGUGGUGGAAAGAGGCUUCCGUUUACCAGAUCUAUCCUUCGUCGUUCAAAGAUUCGAAUCAUGAUGGUAUUGGCGACAUACCGGGGAUCUUGUCCAAGUUGGACUACAUCAAGGAGCUGGGGGUUGAUGCCAUCUGGCUGUGUCCGGUAUAUAAGUCGCCAAAAGUCGACAUGGGCUACGACAUAGCCGACUAUCAUGAAAUUGACUCCGACUAUGGCAAUUUGGCGGACCUGGAUCGGCUUAUCGCCGCUGCCCAUGAAAGAGGCUUAAAUGUCGUCAUGGAUCUUGUGGUCAACCAUACAAGCGACCAACAUGAGUGGUUCCAGAAGUCGCGUAGCUCUAAAGACAACGAGUAUCGACAAUGGUACAUUUGGCGGAAACCGCGAUAUGACUCUCAAGGAAACCGAUACCCACCCAAUAACUGGUGGUCAUAUUUUCAUGGAAGUGCGUGGGAGUAUGACGAGGUGACGGAUGAAUACUACCUGCAUAUCUUCUGCGCGGAACAACCCGACUUGAACUGGGAACAUCCUCCGCUCCGUCGGGCCAUUCAUGACAUUAUGCGGUUCUGGCUCGAGAGAGGGGGCUUGCCAGAUGCUCCGGUUACCGAUCGGACGACGACCUGGCAGCAAGCUACCAUUCAUUACGCUGCCGGUCCUCGGUUGCACGAAUACUUGAAAGAGAUCGGCGCUAUUCUGGAGGAAUACGGUGCAUUUAGCGUAGAUGGUACUUUUAUAUUUACCUUGUGUUUUCAGGAUUCCUCUCGUGAAGAAGGCUGGAUCUUUUGA